UUGCUGCUGAGAUAUUCCAUAAUUUGCAUGAGGAAGUGAUGGCAACUGCUGCAAGAGGCCAUGGUCUAAUGCUUCGUGUCCAACAGCUUGAGGCAGAAUUUCCUUCAAUCGAGAAGGUGUUGAUUGGCAUCCUAGUCUGUGUAUGGACCAGAACCUAAUCACCCAGGGAGAUUUACCUCGGUUUAUAAUGGACUCAUAUGAAGAGUGCCGGGGUCCACCUCGUUUAUUCCUUUUAGACAAGUUUGACGUUGCGGGUGCUGGGGCAUGUUUAAAACGCUAUACAGAUCCAUCAUUCUUUAAAGUUGAAGCAUCAUCAUCUGGGAUGCGGAAUGCAGAAGUUCAGAGGGAAAAGAAAAUCCGCAAAGCUAAGAAGAAAGGAUCACGCUGGAGGAAUGGAGAAACCCCUGAGAUUUCAUCAAAAUCACAUGCCAAACUCCAUCAGUUGUUUCUGGAGGAGUGUGUUGGGAAUGGUAUUGGUGAUCCUGCACGUCGUGUGAAAUUAAAAAGAAGGCUGAAUGGGUUUCCAUUUGACUCAAAAUCUGGAAAAAGUUACAUGGAGAAGUUUUUGAGGACACCUUCACCAGAUCAUAAAGAGGUUCAUGAAAUCUCUGUUAGUUCCUCACCGUUGAAAUUGUCACCCUGUAGCACUGGUGAUUCAGGGCCUGAAGUACUUGAAAUCAUUGCAGUGGGGUACAAUGAAGGGUCAGUGCAGAGAAAGAGUAGUCCAAGUUCUUCUAAUAUUAGAGGGACUGUUCUAAAUCCAUUCAUGCAUCAGUUGAGUGAGGAUGCCACUGAUGGAGUAAUUUUGACGGUGCCUGAACCCAGCCCUCAUUUUGAAGCAGAUAACAUCUCGCCUACACUUCAUAAGUUGGUAGAUGAAAAGGAAAUAGUGGUUGAUGAGGAAAGCAAAGUGGAUGACAGUCUGGAUAGUGACCAAUCUGAUGAUGUUGGAAGUGAGAUCGAUAGUUACAUGGAUGCCCUUGCUACCAUGGAAUCAGAAAUGGAGACGGACUCUGAGUUUAGAGCCAAGAAUGAUCUGGGCUUUUUAAAUAGUGGAAAGCAGGGAACAGAUUCUGAUGCAAAUGAACAUCUUCAAGCUCAUUUUUCAGAUUCUCAAUCGACAGGAAAUUCUACUGCAUCAGAUGAUUGGAACAGUUCUUCCAGGAAGGGAAUAUCUAGUUUGUCCUACUCUGAUACUCCAAGCACUUUGGCCGAGAAUUCGCCUUCAGAUGAAGAUGUUUCAGCUAAACUUUUAUCAUCUACAAAAAUUCUUGAACCUCAGAUCAUUGGUAUGCCGUCUGACCAGCUCUUUGUUAAUGAAGAGAUUCCAGUGAUCCAACCUCCAGAGCUUGUAGCCUCUGGUGGUGCAUCUGUUGAGGUUGGUGAGAUCCCAAGUGAUAGGGCUGAUGCUGGAGAGCCAUCAUCAGGUUCACAUACUACAGAUCUAGCUCCAAAACUUUUAACUGUGGGUCCGGGAGCAUUAUUGAUGGAAGGAACAUUGGUGGUAUCAGAACUGGGUGAAACAGUCUCCAAUUAUGAGGAACUUAACACUAGAUUCAGUGGGAAAAUUGGGACAAAUCUCAGUGAUAGUUUAUCCCGUACACCAGAUCUCGUUGAUGUUCGUUCCGAGACAAGAGAUGAUUUCCCACCAACAGUAUCUGCUGAAAACCAUCCCAUGGAUGAGUUGGAUGAGGAGGAUCCAAAUGUGUUUCCUGAUGCAUCCAUUCAUUCUUUAAGCAUCUUGGAGGGGACUGUUCAGAAGCAGAGCAGUGAAAGUUUGUCAGAUGACGUGUCUCAAACAAAACAUGCAGAAAGUAAUUGUGCGAAAAAUUUGGUCAACAGUCCGACUAGUUCACCACAUUCAGUUAUGUCACAGGUGGAAGAGGAGCUUUUUGUUCAAACCUUGCCGGAAGUUGAAACUUAUAAUCCAGAUGUAAAGCAUGGAAUAAUUUCUGAAGUAGAUGUUGUUCCAUUGGAUCGGGAGGUAGCAGUAGUUUCUGAAGCAGAUGCUAUUCUAUCAGAUGGGGAGGUAGCACUAAACUGCAAUCCUGUAGUAGAUAGUCCCUGUACGUCAAACGUUGUGGUUAAGCAGGUCUCAGAAAUAUUAGAUGAUGUUCCACCACUUAAUCUUGAUUCAGCAGAACUGGGUGUUUCAGGUUCUGGAGAGAGUACUCUUGAUGAAGCUCUCAGCACAGAAGAUGGUGAAGAGCUGGGUGAAAGUACCCUCAAGAUGGAUUUAAUUGGAAGUAUUGCUGGCACUCGUGAAUUUCUGUCUGAUAUUUCCAACUCUACAAAUCCUGUGUCGCUCACUGAGGUUCACUUACAUUUAGAUGAGAAAGAAACUGAAACAGCUCAAUUUGAACAUGUGCUUGUGGCUGCUGCCCUUGCCAGCGCUGAUAAUGAUGUUAGUGAUGAAGAUGCUGAUUCUCCAUCCAUAAAUCUCAAAAUGUUGCAAGAAAAAUCCCUUUCUUGUCCUGGGGAUGGAGAUUGGUGUGCAUUGGAAACUGUUGAAGCAUGCCUUUCAGAGAAUUAUGAGGAAUCAAAAAAACAGGAGGAAGUGAAUCAGCAGGCAUUUGCUUCACCAGAUUUGGACACCAUUCUGUGCAGUACAGCCUCUUCUGAUCAUUUGGAGUCAGAAUUGCUCAGUAGGGUUCCUGACUAUUUUCUGGCUGCAGAAGCUGAAAAUAGUUUGCAUCUUGAUGAUGCUCCCAUAAUUCCAUCAUCCUCAAGACACAGCGGCUCAGAUUCUGAAUCAGUGUCUCCCCAGCUGGAUGAUUUUAUUGAGAACAUGGAAGAUGCUUCAACUUCAAUUUUGAAACAACAGGCAGUUGCUUCAUCAGUUCCGGACUCCAUUUUGUCCAAUACACUCCCUUGUGAUCAGUCUAACUCAGAAUUUCUUAAUAUUGUUUCGGACUCAUCUCUGGCUGCAGAAGCCAAAAACUGUUUGCAUCUGGAUGAUUCUGCCACAGUCCCAUCAUCUUCAGAGCUCGGUGGCCAUGAUUCAAAACCAAAAUCACUCCAGCAUAGCAGUCUUACUGAAGAGCUGAGAACCCCUCCAGAACAAAAUGUUAAUUCACAGGCUGAUCAACCCGAUGUGGAAUUGCUGAGUGUGACUAAAUCCAGUUCAGAAUCCUUCUCUCAGCCGCGACAGAUAGAACUUCCGAAUGAAAUGGAUCAUGAAAGUCACUUUGGUGCAUGUUCCAAAUCUCGUCCAAUGGACCUACCAAGCCAUUCUUCAGGGGUGGACCCCUUACCAGAGUCUGCCAGCCAUAAACUUGAUGUCCUUGACCAAGCCACGGAUCCAUCGAUCUCAUUCUUUCCUGGCCUUGUCCCACUUCCUGAGCUAAGUCAAAUCAAUUUGGAGGAGAUACCUCCAUUGCCACCUCUUCCUCCAGUUCAGUGGAGGAUAGGGAAGCUUCUACACACGUCCCCAGCUUCAGUGAGAGAUGCUGCACAAUAUAAUGUGGAUUCCUUGCCAUCAAUAUUACCAUCUGCAGCUGAAGAGAAAGCUCAGUUGGGUUAUCCUACUCAGGGGCAAGUAAUCCAACCUUCCGGCUCAUCCUUGCCACCCUCAGCUGUAGAGGAUAAAAAUUCUCAACAUGUCUAUGAACACUUAGCUGGUAAUGUGGUGCAGUCUGAUCAACUCUCAUUGCAAAUACCAACAAUUCUUAAUCAUAGAAACAGUGAGGAUAAUUUUAUUACUUCCUGCAAAACACAAUCUUUGGACCCAUUAUUAACAUUGCCUGCAAGAUAUGGUGAGAUGCCACAACAUAGUUCCCAUGCUGUAGAGAGUGGAAUGACACGACCUAGUGUGGAUUCAAUCUUAACACUAACAAAUGCUGGAGAUGCAGCUUCUACAUAUGAGCCUGUGUCUUCACAUCAAAAACCAUUCCAACAGCAGCAACUAGUAGCACCAGAAAUGAGUUUUGAGGUUGAAAAGCUGGAGCAGAGCUCUGGAAUUUUGGAGGGAAAAGUGGUGAAUCCAUACAACAGACUUGUGUCGCAGCCAUCUGAAGAAUAUGGGCAAACCCAUCAUGUUUUCCUGACUUCAGAGGAAGAAAUUGCAUGGUCAGCUGUAGAAAGUGAAAAGCCAAAUGGGAAUGGGUCAAGUAAACUUCCUCGACCUCGUAAUCCGCUUAUUGAUGCUGUUGCUGCUCAUGACAAAAGCAAGAUGAGGAAGGUGACGGAGCGUGUUCAGCCUCAGAUGCAGAAGGAAAAUGAAAGAGAUUCACUUCUGGAACAGAUCAGAACCAAGUCCUUCAACUUGAAACCAGCAGCAGUGACACGACCAAGCAUUGCGGGCCCUAAAACCAAUUUGAAAGUUGCUGCUAUUUUGGAGAAAGCAAAUGCGAUCCGCCAGGCAUUGGCUGGAAGUGAUGAGGAUGAAGAUGCAGAUAAUUGGAGUGAUUCAUGAAAAACCUUGCUAUAUCACUGCUUCUCUUUCACGGGUUUAUUGCCAUGAAGUAAAUAUCUUGGGAAACCUUGUUCUUCUGCAGUUUACCAUACUCUCUUCAUCGACAUGAAUUGGACGGAGAAUACUUUUUUUCUACUUUUUGGUGAAUAGGAAAUUUCUAUCAUAUGAUUGUAUUCUUUUCUGCUCUACCCUAUAUCAUUGUAUAGUAGCCUCUCUCUCUCUCUCUCUCUCUCUCUCUCUCUCCUGAAAUGUAGUCAAUUGUAGUGUUUUACCCACAAAUAACGUGAGAUGAAAACGUGUGAUACAGCUGGGGUUCGGCAUAUAAGUGCAUCGUCAUUUAGUUUGUGUAGAUUUUGGUUGGUGUAUGUGCACCGGGGUUGUGCAAAGCUUUAUAUGUAAUUCAUGUGGUAUUCAAUUUUGUAUCUAGUAAAUGGGCAUUUGUUAUAACCUGAGUUUUAUGUCUUUUGCCAAAUACUCUGUAUGCUGUACAUCAUUUACCUGAAACAGAUAUGUUGAGUAGAUGAACUGGUUUCAAUCUGUG